AUGCUCCUCCUGGUCUACCGAGAUGCCCUGACAAGGAAUCUUCUCUUCAUUGCUGUCGCCAUCCUCGACUGCUGCCUCCACACCUCCAUGUACUUCUUCCUUAAGCACCUGUCCUUAUUUGAUUUCUGCUUCAUUUCUGUCACUGCCCCCAAGUCCAUCAUCAACUCCGUGUCCAACCGUAGAGAAGUCUGUUUUGAGGGCUGUGUAGCCCAGGUCUUUUUGGAGAUUCUCUUCAUUGCUUCAGAGCUGUCCAUCCACACGCUGGUCCACCUGGUGUACCUGGCAACCCUGAAGGGGAAUCUCCUCAUGGUCGCCGUCUCCACCCUUAACCAGUGCCUCCAUACCUCCAUGUGCUUCUUUCUCAGGCUCCUGUCCUUCAGUAAUCUGUGUCUCAUCUCCGUCACCGUCCCCAAAUCCAUCCUCAACGGCCUGACCGACCGUGGAGAAAUCUCCCUCCUGGGCGCUGUCCUUCCUCACGACGAUGUGCUAUGGCUGCUUCGCCACCAUCUGCCACCCCCGUGCUCCGACCUCAUCAUGGACCGAGGGGUCAUUGGGAAGAUGGCGACUGCCUCCUGCCUCAGCGCGGGGCUCAUUGGGGCGAUGUACUCAGCCGGGAGGUUCACAUUAAACUUCUGCGAGUCCAACAGUUGGGCCAACGCCUUCGCCAACUGUCUGCCCUACCUUGACGUCAUUACUGUUUUUCGCUCGACUGGAUCUGUUGCCUAUCUCAAGCCCGUUUCAGACUCCCCCUCGACGCUGGACCUGCUCUUGUCCAUGUUCUACUCUGAGGUGCCCCUGCCAUGA